CUGUGAUCCUUAUCUUAAUCAAACAAAAACUCGUUUCGCCAAGGUUUAUCGGUCAAAUACAGUUUUUUACAAUUGAAGCUUCACAAGUCCAGAGAAAAUGAUUAUAUACGAGUGUUCCCGGUUCGGUGAAGGGUAAUGUGAUGAGGUGGAGAAGAAAUAUCAAAGCUUUUGGGUUAGUUGAUAAAACUUGGCAACAAGUUAUGGACAGAAGGAGAAGAAAGCUGACAGUGAAGAAGAUGAUGAGAAGGAUGAAGUCAAGAAAGAUACAUUCUAGAAAAAGAUCAGCAGGAGAGACUGGGAUGGAGGGAGAAGAUAAGAGAGGUGAUUGAUAAUCACAAUGAUGUUGGAGGAGGAAGAUGCAAAACCUUUUUUCUUGCUGAUUAUUGUCAACGAGGAAAAUCCUAAGUAGCCUGAAGAUGCUGAUGGUUUAUCUUCAACUAGUUUCUUUAAUUAGAUAACAAUUAAGAACGAAAACAAGGAUGAUGAUGAUGGUGGAGAUUGUUUUGGCAAGAUGAUCACUGCAUACAUUACGCCUCACUAAAGAUCUCACAGCUGCAGAUGGGGAGGAGGCGGCGUUCAAAGAUAUAAGUCCGCUCAUGGUUCUUGUUCGCAACUGCUACAAAAGGUCUGUGGUAACUUCUUUUACUCUCUCAAAUGCUUUUAUGCCUAGUGGUCUCUUUGCUUGCCUCAUACCAUACCUGAUUGACUCUGCCAAAUUUCAUGCCUGCUUUGAUUCUCGCACCGCUACACAUUCAGUACUGUUUCUAACAUUUGGUUGAUUAGCUUUGUUAAUGGAUUCAAUUCAACUCACUUAGUGUUCACUACUGUCAACACUUUAUUGUACUUGUAGGCAGAUCUGGCUCUCCCUUCUUUCUUAAAUCUGACUUGCUGAUGGAAUCUUUCAACCCUCAUUAUAGCAUAUUUCUAACUUUGUUGUUGAAAUGAAAAGUUUAGGUAAGAACUAGACAAGGGGAUACAAGUAAGUGUGCUAAUCACCAUUCAUACAAAUUUGGUUUGCUGUGUGUUUUGGUUGAUGCUGUGGUUGAGACUGAUUUGGUUUCUUCUCUGCAAGUGUCUUUGUUCCCAGAGAUCAUCUUAACUUAAGCCGGAAAGACAUUAUACCGUGAGUAAGGUAAUGCCUCGAAACCCCCUAAUCGUUCAAAACCGGAAUCUCUAUUAGCUUCUUGUUGUACUUGGAACAAAUUUUGCAGGCAUUAAGACAGCUGAUGAGCUGUCAAAGAUCAUGGCUUUCUUGUUUGAAUGGUGUUGCCAAUUCCCAAGAACAGAUUCCUUCUGUCCUGUUGCUAUUUAUAUCAUCUCUCUCUCGUGACGUGCUCUCUUCUCCACUUCUCUCUCUCAAUCUCCCGUUCUCAUCUCCUCUUCAUGGUUGCAUUCAUUCCGGUUUCAAAAAAUUUCUUCAUUUGGCGAGAGUUCCUUUGAUCUUCUUCUUCCAUGGAUUCGGUUAUCAUCGAACCAGACGAGCGUGAGGCGUUGUCAUCGCUGGUUCCCUCUCAUCCACCGCCGCGUAAGACACAUUCCUACGUCGAGCAAUACGAGCAGAAGCCGCAGCAUCACCCGAUCCGCAAAUACAGCCUUGACGAGGGCUCAAGAUCCGUGCCAACAGAUUCCGAACCUGUCUAUUUCGAUUCCUCCGACGGCGAGUUCUCCACCGUAGACGGAAGAAAUGGUGGCGACAGAGGCAAUGAGGAGGAUCACUGCGUCAUCACCCCUCCGUCCAAACCAGCACCAGCACCGCAGCGUGGUGAGAUUGCUGGUCACGGAGGAGGAGGAGGAGGAGGAGAAGGAGGGGAAGACAUUGAGCCCCUUCCGGAGUUCAUGGGAGCAGGAGGUGGUGUAGACGUUUUCAAAGUUCCUGUCCGUGCAGCGGUGAACCCUGGACGCCCGCCGUGUCUCGAGAUCCGGCCGCACCCGUUGAGAGAGACUCAAACAGGGAAGUUUCUGAGGAACAUUGCUUGCACAGAAAGUCAGCUAUGGGCGGGACAGGAGAACGGCGUGAGGUUCUGGAACCUGGAGGAAGCAUACGAGGUCGGUUAUGGUGUAGGCGGGCAGGUGAGGCGAGGGGACGAGGAUACAGCGCCGUUUCAUGAAUCUGUUGCAAUCUCUCCCACCUUGUGUUUGCUUAUUGACCACGGGAAUAGGCUUGUGUGGAGCGGCCACAAGGAUGGCAAAAUCAGGGCUUGGAAAAUGGAUCAGCCGGUUACCAACACUGCCGAUGAUUCAAAGCCUUUCAAGGAACGUCUCUCGUGGCAAGCUCAUCGUGGUCCUGUGAAUUACAUUGUCAUUAGCUCCUAUGGUGAUAUGUGGUCAUGCUCUGAUGGCGGAGUGAUUAAGAUAUGGACUUUUGAUUCUUUAGAGAAGUCUCUUGUGCUUAAAGCAGAGGAGAAGCAUAUGGCUGCGUUGUUAGUGGAGAGGUCUGGUAUUGACCUUAGGAGCCAAGUUACGGUCAAUGGUACAUGCAGCAUUUCUUCCUCAGAUGUCAAGUUUUUGUUAGUUGAUACCGUAAGAGCUAAAGUGUGGGCCGUGCAGCAUCUCUCAUUUUCAAUGUGGGAUGCUCAGAAUAAAGAUCUUCUGAAAGUCUUCAACAUUGAUGGACAAGUCGAAAACCGUGUGGAUGGCACACCUGCACAAGGGCAACAAGUUGAAGAGACGAAAGCGAAGUUCUUCUCCACACCGAAAAAGGAUAAAUCUCAAGGCUUUCUGCAGAGAUCACGGCAUGCCAUAAUGGGAGCUGCAGGAGCUGUCCGCCGAGCUGCCACUAGAAGCACAGGAGCUUUCGCGGAAGAUCCUAGGAAAGUUGAAGCUAUUGCCAUUGCGGCAGAUGGGUCAAUUUGGACUGGAAGCAUGAACGGAGUAAUUGCUCAGUGGGACGGAAAUGGAAACCGCUUGCGCGAAGUAAACCAUCAUCAGCAGGCUGUUCUGUGCUUUUGCACUUUUGGUGAUCGAAUAUAUGUAGGUUAUUCGAGUGGUUACAUCCAGAUUUUGGAUCUUGGUGGAAAGCUAGUUGCAAGCUGGGUUUCACAUAAUGAACCUGUGAUAAAGCUAGCAGCAGGUGGUGGUUUCAUUUUUAGUUUAGCCACUCAUGGUGGUGUGAGAGGAUGGUAUGUGACAUCACCAGGACCUCUAGAUAGCGUAAUCCGAACGGAUUUGUCUCAAAAGGGGAAUACUUACGCCCGGCAGGACAGUGUUAAGAUCUUGAUUGGUACCUGGAAUGUUGGUGAAGGACGAGCUUCAAGGGGAGCGCUUAUGUCUUGGCUGGGCUCUGAUGUUUCAGAUGUUGGCAUUGUAGCUGUGGGGUUGCAGGAGGUGGAUAUGGGGGCGGGUUUUCUUGCCAUGUCUACUGCUAAGGAAACGGUAGGGGUUGAAGGAAGUGUUGUGGGGAAAUGGUGGAUUGAUGCAAUUGGAAAUGCACUGGAUGAGAGAAACACUUUCGAACGUAUGGGUUCAAGGCAAUUAGCGGGACUGCUAAUAUCUCUUUGGGUGAGGAAGGAUAUUAGAACACAUGUCGGAGAUCUUGAUGUCGCAGCAGUUCCAUGUGGCUUUGGCCGCGCCAUUGGCAACAAGGGAGGUGUGGGCUUGAGAAUCAGAGUUUAUGAUCGGAUUAUGUGCUUUGUGAACUGUCACUUGGCUGCUCACUUGGAGGCAGUUACUCGGAGAAACGCCGAUUUCAAUCACAUAUAUCGAUCAAUGGUCUUCUCCAAAGGACAAAGUUUAUAUACUGUUCCAGCUGCCGGUGCUUCAUCAUCUACCCAAGCACAAAAGAAUAACACUAAUACAAACAUCAUCACUGAAGAGGAGAAAUCUGAUUUAGCAGCAGCAGACUUUGUUGCAUUCUUUGGUGACUUCAAUUAUAGGUUAUUUGGUAUAACCUACGACGAGGCGAGGGACUUCAUUUCUCACCGGUCAUUUGAUUGGCUCAGAGAGAAAGACCAACUCAGGGCAGAGAUGAGUGAAGGAAAAGUGUUCCAAGGAAUGCGUGAGGCGUUGAUCACCUUUCCACCAACUUACAAAUUCGAAAAGAAUAAGCCAGGCCUUGGAGGGUAUGAUUCAGGGGAGAAGAAGCGUAUACCUGCGUGGUGUGACAGAGUUAUAUUCAGAGAUAACCAAUCAACUCCAUUUUCUGAGUGCAAUCUGCAGUGCCCUGUUGUUUCUUGUACUGUAAUGUAUGAAGCUUGCAUGGAUGUGACAGAGAGUGAUCACAAACCUGUGCGCUGCAAACUUCAUGCAAACAUAGCUCACACCGAUAAAUCUGUGCGAAGACAGGAACUGGGGAAAAUAAUAAAGUCUAGUGAGAAACUCAGAUCCAUGUUCGAGGAACUAAGAUACGUUCCGGAAACAUCAGUGAGCACAAACAGUAUUCUUCUUCAGAGUCAGGACACGUUCAUCUUCUCAAUCACAAACAAGUCAAACUCGAGUAGAGCCCUCUUCAACAUCGUCUGCAAGGGCCAGACUGUCGUUAGAGAUGACGGAGGCACCUUUGGUCUCCCUCGCUGGCUUGAGGUUUCUCCAGGAGCUGGUAUGAUAAAACCAGACGCUUCAGUGCAGGUGAAGGUUCAUCAUGAAGACUCAAACACCUCAGAUGAGUCCUUUGAUGGCAUCCAACAACAAAACUCAUCGUGUGAAGAAGCUUGCGACAAGGAAGUGACCCUGAUGGUAAUCAUCCAGGGAAGCUGCUCGACCAGAACAACAAGCCACUCUAUCAAAGUCCGCUACUGCUUCUCAGCGGCCAAAUCAGUUAAUCUCGCUUAUUCCAAACCCAAACCCAACAACGCCACAAAGAAUAAUCAAGAGGGUUCCACUCGUUACCAGCCAGAGAAUUACCGCGGUGGGAGCACCAGACGGGGUUGA